UCUCAUGGUAAACUCCCCCUGUUGAGGAUGGUCAAGUUGACUCGCCCUACAUGGACAGUAACGUGCUUUCAGUGAAGAAUAGUAAACAAUCCACAAUGCCAUGAAGAAAAUACAUCAUCUGGGGUCUUUGUUCAGGAAUAAUCUUUAGUUUGAAUCCUCGACGUGAUUUAUUGCACGAUUUUGGGGUUCAUUUUGCACACGACGGGAUAUAGGCUACUGUUGGCUGAACUGAGGGCACUUGAUGGCACACAAAAAAACAAGUUAUUCCGAGUCGUUUUGCGCUGUGAUCAAGAUUACAGUGAUGUUCUUUUAUUGACACCGCUGGUAUUGUUCUGCGAAGCAUAAGACUGAGGUUUCUGCAUCGGAACCAAGUGUUUUUUUUCAUUCAGGCGUUGAAUAAUCACAUCAGAGUGCAUGAUUUGGUAUUCAGCGCGGCUGUCAGAGAUGGACGGCAUCGGGAACACCAUGCAGAAGAAGGCUGCUGAGCUGGAGCGCAUGGCCGAAGUCCUCGUUACCGGAGAACAGUUACGGCUGCGACUGCACGAAGCAAGAAUGAUUAAAGACAGAAGGCACCAUCUCCGCACGUACCCCAACUGCUUUUUGGGCAAGGAGAUUAUUGAUUGGCUGAUUGAGCACAAGGAGGCAACUGACAGAGAUACUGCCAUCAAGAUCAUGCAGAAACUUCUUGACCACAGCAUAAUUCACCAUGUUUGCGAUGACCACAAGGAGUUCAAAGAUAUGAAGCUCUUCUUCCGUUUCAGGAAAGAUGACGGCACUUUUGCACUGGACAGUGAAGCCAAAGUGUUCAUGAGAGGUCAACGGAUAUAUGAGAAGUUGAUGAACACUGAAAACAAUCUGCUGCAGACACGUGCAGAGGAGGGUGUGAUGUAUGAGCGGACGCUGGUGGCCUCAGAGUUUAUAGACUGGCUCCUGCAGGAAGGAGAAAUGCCCUACAGGGAUGAGUCAGAGCAGCUGGGACGCAGACUGCUGGAGCAUGGCAUCAUUCAACAUGUUUCUAACAAGCACCAUUUUGUGGAUGGUGGCCUGCUUUACCAGUUCAGGAUGAAUUUCCGGCGAAGGCGGCGGCUGAUAGAGCUGUUGAACGAGCGCUGCCGCAGCAUCCCGGAGAACCACGACAGCCCUUUUUGUCUGCGCAAACAGGGUUCUGAAGGGGGAAACACCAGCUUCCUCUCAGUAAGCCCCACUAAAGAGAUAAAGGUGGUGUCGGCGGUGCGGCGGAGCAGCAUGAGCAGUAGCUGUGGUAGCAGCGGAUACUACAGCAGCAGCCCCACACUCAGCAGCAGCCCGCCUGUUCUCUGCAACCCCAAAUCAGUGCUGAAGAGGCAAGUGAGUCCAGAGGAACUUCAGACUCCUGGUGGACCUUACAUAAAGAAGACAUUCACAAUUGUGGGAGAUGCAGUGGGCUGGGGCUUUGUGGUGAGGGGAAGUAAACCCUGUCACAUUCAGGCCGUGGACCCUGGUGGACCCGCGGCAGCAGCAGGAAUGAAGGUGUGUCAGUUUGUGGUUGCAGUCAAUGGAUUGAAUGUGCUGAAUCAGGAUUACAGGACCGUCAGCAGCAUCAUUCUCACCGGCCCCAGAACAGUUGUCAUGGAGGUUAUGGAGGAAGGGGAAUAUUGAAGACGAGCUCUUCUGUGGUUUCUGUUAUUCUCUGACUCUUUCUCUUUUUCCUUUAGCUGAACUUUUCUCAGCGAGUGAACAUUUCUGAGAAGUGAAACCUUGAUUCUGUUCAUCAUUUCAAUUCGAACUGUUAGCUUAAAGAGCAUGACACUAAUCCAUGCUUUAAAAUCCGUGCCUCCUAUUGGCUCCCCAUUGACUGUUACCGCUCCAUGUCAGCUGAGACUGUAACUGGACAGAUUUUAUGGGAAAAGCAGCUGCCAAAAAAAAUUUUUUAGCAGAACUGUAGCAUUUAAAACACUCAUAGUAGGUUUGCAGGACAGAUGCCAAACUAAUAUAUUUGUCUGCCAUUCAGGUAAGAGCACAAUUCAGUGUUUUUUUUUCUCGACUGUUUCUUCAUUUAGAGUUCAUGCUGUGACUUUUGGAGAGUAAAGGAAAAUAAUAUAGCGUCAGGUAUUUUUGGAUGUUAAUUCUUCACAUUACCUUAGUGUGGUUAGUUUAAAUUCUAUAGAAAAUGUUUUAUAUAACUGUCAUGCUUGCAGAGACUUUUGCUGGGUUCACACCAGAAGCAAAAUGAAGUAUUUUUAUGAAUAGAUUACAUACAAAGUCAAUAUAAAUGUGGAAAUAUAGCCAUUUUUCUGGGUGGCGCUAAUUAUGAGUGUGCAGAAUUUGCCUCAGUGUUCGGCAAAAGGUAAAAUAAUUCAGCUUGAGCAGAUAAUUAGCUUGAGGUAGAAAAACUAAAAGUGUGUUUGGUGUGAGCCCAGCAUUAGUGACAUUUUAUAUAUUUAGACAUCCAUCCAAAUGCAGGUGACAACCAACAACAGCACUUACAUACUUUAAUUGAAACUUAAAGGUGAAUGUUAAAAAACCUACGCACAUCUAAAAGAUGCUGUAACUCAUCUUUUAUUUUAAAAAAAAGUCUUGUAAAAGUAGUUUGUAUGUAUAAGUAGUUUCAGUCUUUUGUUUAAAUUGCUAAAUGCUUUAAUUGCUAAAUUCUAAAAGGCAAAUAAUAAGCUAUAUAAUGUUACUGUUAUAUGACAACAAACAGAAAAAAAAUCACUUAAUAAAGUGUUAGGGCAAAAAAAUACUUUAGGCAAGUACAAAUACGCAGACAUUUACAUGUUAACCUGCACAACCCUUAAUACAUCACAAUUCUUCAAAUUCAUUCCAAAUCUUAACAAUCUUUACUACAUAUUAGUUGAAGGAAUAAUAAUAAUGUAACCAAAAAAGUAUGUUUAAAUGGAAGUAUGUGACAUAGCUCGGUGGUUAGCACUGUCGCCUUACAGCAAGAAGGUCAAUGGUUCGAGUUCCGGCUGGGUCAGUUGGCAUUUCUGCGUGGAGUUUGCAUGUUCUCCCUGUGUUUGCGUGGGUUUCCUCCAGGUGCUCUGGUUUCCCCCACAGU